UGCUUCUCCUCCCUUCUCCCCUCCCUCAGCCUGAAGUCCAGGUGGGCCACUGGCCAGGUGAGGACCUGUGUGCCUUUCCUAGCCUAGCGCAACCCUCCUGAGACCAGCCUUGCCCCAAUCAGAAGCUUGGCCUCCACUGGGGGCCACAUGGCCCAGUGAAUGACCAGCCAGGCUUCCCCAGAGGAGGCCAGGCCUCCAAGGCCCGGGCCAAAGAGCUUCCUGCUCACGGAGAUGAGGAAUGCAUCAGGGUUUCUGAAGACAGCCGGAGCCCCCCUUGUGUCAGCGACCUGGCUUCCGCCCAGCCCCCCUCCGGCAAUGCCCACAGUGGCAGCCGGGCCGCUGAUGGAACGCGUGGACAAUGGCUCGCAGGGGGCCCCCCAGCUCUUCCUCACCAGCGCAUUGGCCCGAGGUGUUUCAGGCAUAUUUGUAUGGACUGCUCUGCUGCUAACGGGCCACCAGAUCUACUCCCACCUACGUUCCUACACCGCCCCGCGAGAGCAGCGCUUCGUCAUCCGCCUCCUGUUCAUUGUGCCCAUCUACGCCUUCGACUCAUGGCUCAGCCUCCUCCUCCUUGGGGGCCAUCCUUACUACGUCUACUUCGACUCUGUGCGAGACUGCUACGAAGCAUUUGUCAUCUACAGUUUCCUGACCUUGUGCUUCCAAUAUCUGGGGGGCGAGAGCGCCAUCAUGGCUGAGAUCCGAGGCAAACCUAUUAGGUCCAGCUGCUUCUAUGGGACUUGCUGCCUCCGUGGUAUGUCCUACUCCAUCACUUUCUUACGCUUCUGCAAACAGGCCACACUCCAGUUCUGCAUUGUGAAGCCUGUUAUGGCGUUGAUUACCAUCAUCCUCCAGGCUUUUGACAAAUACCACGAUGGGGAUUUCAACAUCCACAGCGGCUACCUGUAUGUGACCCUCGUGUACAACGCCUCAGUUAGCCUGGCUCUCUACGCUCUGUUCCUUUUCUACUUCGCUACCAGGGAUCUCCUGAGACCGUUCGAGCCAGUACUCAAGUUCCUCACCAUCAAAGCCAUCAUCUUCCUCUCCUUCUGGCAGGGAAUGCUGCUGGCCAUCUUGGAGAGGUGUGGGGUCAUCCCUGAGGUCCAGGCCGUGGAUGGCACCAAGGUUGGGGCUGGUACCCUGGCCGCUGGCUACCAGAAUUUCCUCAUCUGCAUUGAGAUGCUUUUUGCUUCCCUUGCACUGCGCUACGCUUUCCCCAGCCAGGUGUAUUCAGAGAAGAAGAACUCACCAGCCCCGCCAGCACCUAUGCAGAGCAUAUCCAGUGGUUUGAAGGAGACCAUCAGCCCACAAGACAUUGUCCAGGACGCCAUUCACAACUUCUCGCCAGCCUACCAGCAGUACACACAGCAAUCCACACACGAAGCUCCGGGGCCUGGCCAGAGUGGGUACCCAUCACCCAGCACCCACUCCGGCCCAGCCAGUGGCUCUGGAGGUGGUAAGAAGAGUCGUAACAUAGAGAAACGCAUGCUGAUUCCCUCAGAGGACCUGUAGGGGCGUGGGGUGUGUGGACCUAGCUGGGGACCCAGCUUGCCUCGGUUUCUGGGGUAGGUAAACAGGCUCCCCACCUACCAGCAUCUCUUGACAGAGACCCAGUCUCUCUUGAGAGCCUCACUGUGGGACUCAAAUGGCCUCUCUAUUCCAUGUACAGUAAAGUCACCUGGGCAAAGUGGACAAACCCAAGGAAGGACCCAGUGGGAUAUCUUAGUUACAGCCUGCAGGUGGCGCUGUGGAUUGGCCAUUCCUUCCACGGACAGGAGACAGGCAGCAACAGAGAGGGAUGGCCAGGCAGAAUGGGCCCAGUCACCAAGGGCUUGGGGAGCCACAUAGCCUGGGCCUGGCCAUGGCUAUCUUGGGUGCAUGAAGAAGACCCCUUGCCCUUGCAUUCUAAUAUAGAAAGUUGGCGAGGCUCUCGCAGGGGGAGCCUAGCCUUUUUAGCACAACAGAGUUGCCAGUGCGCCAGCCUGCCAGCUACUAGCUACUUAUUUAUAGAUAAACACCUUGCAUUUUCUAGA